AUGGCUGAUCCGAACGGCGCGGAUCACAGCGAUGCCAAGCAGCAGCGGACGGAAAAGAUCGACUCAGCUUCGUCGGAUCCCUUCUUCCGUGUGCGUCUCAUUAACAUCGAUCACGUCCUGACGAUACCCGGUCCGCUCGAUCGCACGCAAUGCGCCUUCAAUGCUGAGGGUCUCACCCUUCGCAAAGUGCCCAUCCUUCGCAUCUUUGGUGCUACGCCGGCAGGCCAACGCGUUUGCGUCCACGUUCACAAUGUCUAUCCCUACUGCUACAUCCAGUACAAGGGCUCUCUCGACCCGGAUGACGUGCUCAGAUACAUUCACAGACUCGGUCGGGAACUCAAUGCUGCCAUGGCCGUCUCCCUCCGCCGCAAUCAGGACGACCCGGAAUCCAACCAGUUCAUCGCCGCGAUCCACCUCUGCAAGGGUAUCAACUUUUACGGAUAUCAUGUCGGCUACGCCUACUUUCUCAAGAUCUCGUUCGUAGACCCGGCCCACAACUAUCGUCUUGCGGCCAUUCUCGAAUCGGGAGGCGUCAUGAAGACCGUCUUUCAGCCUUUCGAGAUCCACAUCCGCUAUCAGCUGCAGUUCAUGCUCGACUACAACAUCUUCGGCUGCGAGUAUCUCGACCUGGACGAUGUCCGAUUUCGACUGCCCAUCCCCGAUGGCAGCUCAAUAGCAAGCGAUGAACCUUCGCCGCUCGACUUCCGAAGCAGGAUCUGGAAUCGCAACUCAAUACCCUACGCCCACGUUCAGUCGGAAGAGGUCCACCGCGGAACUCAUUGCGAGAUCGAAGCGGAUGCAAGCGCUCCUUGGAUCAUCAAUCGCCGCAGACUCAAGCAAAGAGACAUUCACAACCGCUUUGACGAGGUGCCAAACGCCUCGCCAAGCCAGAAUAUCCUCGUCCCCAGUCUGUCUGGACUGUGGGACGAUGAAAAGAAUCGACGCAGCGCAGCUGGGCUCCCGGCAUCUAUACCCACCGAGGAUCCGACACGCGAUCCACGAGCCUAUGCAACGGGAGAAUCACCAGCGUGGAUGUCCGAGGAUCGCAUGCGACUCCUGCUCGAAAAGAGGCUCAUUGACGAGAAGAAUAAGACCCUGCCACGCGAUCGCAAUCCCAAUCACUUCACUGAGCGACCCGGUCUGGACCAGUACAUCAUGACGACAUUCGAUGCUGUCGAGGUGUUUCACCCGUAUCAAGAUCAGAUCCAUGCCGCUGAUCCCUACUCCCAGCGCACGGGUCCUUCUGCUUCCUCCAAGCUGUACGAUUUGCAUCAUGCCAUCUCGCAGUCGCAGCGUGUCGACUCGGAUCACACCGACCCUACUCCAUUAUCGCAGCCAAAGGAGGAGGCGACGGACGACUUUGACUCGAAAUUCUUCAGAAGCCAAGAGUUCAAUCAUCGACUGCAAGAAGCUGAGAAGGAGGAUGUCGCAGCCAACACGGAUCCGCCUUCAGAUCAGGAAGACGACGUCCCUGAUGCGGACGUGCCGGAUCCAAACGACACACAGGUGGACGCUCCGGGAACGCCUCGCAAGUGGCAAAGGACCGAAAGCGCUCAGUCCAACUCAAACAUGUCGACUGGCAGUACCUUCAGCAAAAGCCCCUCGUCCACACCGAAGAAGCGCCGACAUGCAGAAUUGCUCCCGGAGGAUGCCAUCACGCCCUCCGCGAGUCCUUCGUCCAGGCCGUCCAAAGAGUUCCACGAGGACAGCGUGCGCAAGUUCAAGCAAGUCAAGCACGAUCGCUCGACGAUCAGCACCAAUGGCACGACGAGCACAAUCGGUACAACCAGCACCAAUGGGACCAACGGCAGUCGCUAUGGACACGCCAUGGAGUCUGCGCGUUCCACUAGGGUGCGAUUCGCCGAGGCCUCGCCUUCGCCUUCGGAGCGUUCGAGGCGUUCAAGGUCUGACGCUGUUGAGAAGAAGACCAAAAGCGCGCCGAGCGCCUUGCUGGUCCCGUCCGAUGGCGCACCUCGGAAACGACUGCUCACGUUCCACGAACAAGCUCCGUCACUGCGCACCGUGGUAGAGACCUUUUCGCUCUUCUCCAUCGUACGGCAAGUCCAUCCGGAGCCUUUCUUCAGCGAUCCGAACGAUGUGCCUGUUCGACCGAGAGAAUAUGCCGGACGCAUGUUUCAGUUUCAGUCUCGCACUCUGCCCUAUUUGCGCUCUUUCGAGCACUGGCACAAGGCUGUAGAGGAAGUUGCUCCGUCGCAGUCAGCCAAAACGGUGCGACGGCUCUACUGGCAGUACGGUCCUCCACCGCCCACCAUGCUCGAGGCUCGGGCCUGGCGGCAGAAGGAAAAGAUCGUCGAAAAGCAACGCUCCAGGCGACGACGUGCCCGGCUACUCUCGCAGAUCGAGCGACUGACGCAGUCCAACGACUUUGGCUUCAAAAUCUCGCAGCACAAGGCAACAACACUGGUGAUGCGCGACAAACAGCACAUGACUACGCUCGCGGUCGAAGUGCUCACAACGACGCGUGGCGUGCUGUUCCCAGACCCAGCAUUCGAUGCAAUUCAGUCGAUCAUCUACUCGUUUCAGAACGAAGAUGAGAAUCUGCAGGACACUGGCAGUCGACCAGAUCUUCGCACAGGCCUCAUCAUCGUCGCUGGAGAGGACAUGAGCGUGGACCGUCUCGGACUCUCGCAUCUGGCAGUCGAAGUGGUUGAGGACGAGCUGGAGCUCUUCAACACGCUUAUCGACCUCGUGCGCGCCUUUGACCCCGAGAUCAUUGUCGGUUGGGAAAUCCAUUCCUCGUCUUGGGGCUACAUCAUCGAGCGAGCGAGCAAAGAGUACGACUUCGACCUCGUGCCUCAGAUUGGACGCUCAAUCGUCCACAACACCGGCCGAGCAGGUGGCAAGUCGGACAACUACGCAUAUACCCAAUCGUCCGCCUUGCGCAUCACGGGCCGUCACACACUCAACCUCUGGAGGCUCAUGAAGGGCGAGCUGACCCUCAACCUCUACACACUCGAAAACGUCUGCUAUCAUCUGCUUCACCGUCGUAUACCCAAAUUUUCGCACCAGACGCUCACGCAGUGGUUCAAGUCGGGACGGGCCGAGCUCAUCCGCAAGGCGAUCCUGUAUUAUGUGGAUAUGGUCGAGCUGGAGCUCGAGAUCAUUGCCGAGUCCGAGUUCGUGCUGCGUACCGCCGAAUUCGCGAGGAUCUACGGCAUCGACUUCUUUUCGGUCAUUUCGCGCGGAAGUCAAUUCAAGGUUGAGAGCAUCAUGCUUCGGAUUGCGAAGCCGGAGAACUUUGUGCUCAUCUCGCCGAGCCGGGCGCAGGUGGGCAAGCAGAACGCAGCGGAGUGUCUACCGCUCAUCAUGGAACCGCAGUCAGCGUUUUACAAGGGUCCGCUGAUCGUGUUGGACUUCCAAUCGCUCUACCCGUCGAUCAUGAUUGCGUACAAUCUGUGCUACUCGACUUGCCUGGGUCGCGUGGCGGGCUUCAAGGGUACGAGUAAGUUUGGUGUCACUGAUUAUGCGCCACCUAAAGGCCUGCUCAGUCUGCUGGAAAAGGACGUCAACAUCUCCAGCAACGGCUUGCUCUUUGUCAAGCCGAGUGUGCGCAAGUCGCUUCUCGCAAAGAUGCUCUCAGAGAUCCUCGACACGCGUGUCAUGGUCAAGGCAUCGAUGAAGGGCACCAAGGCGGACAAGGCGUUCCAACGCAUUCAGAACGCAAGGCAGCUCUCGCUCAAGCUGCUUGCGAAUGUCACGUACGGCUACACUUCGGCAAGCUUUUCGGGGCGCAUGCCGUGCGUCGAGAUUGCAGAUGCGAUCGUGCAGACGGGGAGGGAGACACUGGAGAAAGCGAUGGAUCUCAUCAACGGCACGGAAGAGUGGGGCGCCCAGGUGGUCUAUGGCGACACCGACUCUCUCUUCGUAUACCUUCCCGGCAGAACCAAAGACGAAGCCUUCAAGCUGGGCAAUACGAUCGCUGACAAGGUGACUAGUCUCAACCCGCGACCUGUCAAGCUCAAGUUUGAAAAGGUCUAUCUGCCCUCUGUCCUGUUAGCCAAGAAGCGCUAUGUCGGCUUCAAGUACGAGACGCUCGACGAACGCGAGCCCGGUUUCGACGCGAAGGGAAUCGAGACGGUACGCCGUGACUUCCACCCCGCCAUUCAGCGGAUGCUCGAAGCGUGCAUCCGCAUCCUCUUCCGCUCUCGGGAUCUGAGCAUUGUCAAGAGCUACCUCCAGCGUCAGUGGCGCAAGAUCCUCGAGGGUCGCGUUAGCCCACAGGACUUCAUCUUUGCCAAAGAAGUCCGGCUCGGGUCGUACAGCGACAAAGUAGCGCCGCCUCCAGGAGCAGCCGUGUCAUCGCGGCGCAUGCUGGCGGACCCACGGUCGGAGCCGCAGUACGGCGAGCGCGUGCCCUACAUCAUCUCGCAGGGUGAACCACGGGCCAAGCUGAACCAGCAAGCCGUGUCCCCGGAAGCCUUCCUCAAGAACCCACAGCUGCAGAUCAAUGCGCUGUACUACAUCACCCGGACGAUCAUCCCGCCGCUGGCGCGCGUGUUCAACCUGCUCGGCGCCGACGUGGAGUCGUGGUUUCACGAGAUGCCUAAACCCAACAAUGCGUACUGGAACAAGCGGCCCACUGCCGCGCUGCUGUCCGCUGUCCUAGCCCAACAGUCGGACGCUGUCGAUGCAGAUGCGCCAUCAUCGUCGCCAAAACCCUCCAGAAGCAGCACGGCGGUGACGACGCUCAACUCGCACUACGCAACCGAGACGUGUCUCCUUUGCUCCACCCGAACGGAGGCGCUCGUCUGCCUCGACUGCCGCCAGUCGCCCGGCGAGAGCAUACACGCCGUCUCGGCGAAACUGCACAAGCUCGAGUCGCAGGCAAGCGCAAUCGAUCGCAUCUGCUCGACCUGCGCGGGCAUGGAGCGACCCGGCGCCGUCGAGUGCGUCAGCUUCGACUGCCCGUACACGUACCAGAAGGCGAGACUGGGCAAGAGCUUGGAGGAUUCGAGUCUGGUUCAUACGUACCUCUCGGGGCUGUUCGAUUCGAAGGCGCAGAGGUCGGCUGCUGUUCAGGAUGCAUGGACUGGCAUUGAGGAUGGUGACGUCUGA